UCAUUGAGGGAAGCCCUUUUUCAGAUCCUGGAUACAGAGAUGCCACCGCCGCCACCGCCGCUCGGCUACGUGGGCUACGUCCUUUGCGCCAUCCUCGCCGCCGCGUGGAGCGGCCCCCUGCUUACCUUCACUCAGGGAAAACCCCUGCAGGUGAAACCGGGGUGUAGAUACGAAGGCCGCAGAUACGAGGAGGGCGCUGUCGUUUCCACUUCAGAACCGUGUCUGCAGUGCCGUUGCGUCGAGGCCUCGCUGAGAUGUCGUCUUCGCGUCUGUCCGCGAACCCCAAUUCCUACACCGGCCGAGUGUCGCCUCCGCAUUUCUGCGGACCAAGAAUGCUGCUCGGAGAUCGUCUGCGGGGAAUCGAGGCAUGACAAUGAAAAUGCUCUAAGACGCAUAGAUAUCGAACCAGAUGACGUCACAGAGGAAGAUGGGUGCCUCUUUGAAGGAGUUCGAUACGGCGCUGGUUCCGCAAUGAUGGCAACAAGACGUUGCGAGUAUUGCUACUGUAUACUAGGUUCACGGCGUUGUGUCCGGCCGAAAUGCCUCUUGCCAUUACCAGGGUGCACUCCCCUCUAUGCUCCACACUCUUGCUGUCCAGUCGCCUAUAAUUGCACCCACGAUCAGGGUGAAGAGACUUCGACAACGACCCAAUCGCUGUCCUUGAAUGGUUGUCGCGUGGGAAAUCGAGUCUAUAACGAAGGUGAGAUGGUGAGGGAUAUUGCGGGGAAGGCACCCUGCGACAACUGCUUCUGUGCCAUGGGAGUCGUGCGUUGUGUGCCACUGGCUUGCGCUCCACCGCUCCAGGGCUGUAGCCCAAUUGUUAGAGAAGGUCAAUGUUGUCCAUCGACCUACAAUUGCAGUGGAAGCAUCGAGGUGAAGGCUACUCAGAACUACGCCUCGUACGCGUUCGUCAGCAAAGAUUACGCCAACUUUCGAAAGGAAACGCACUUUCAUCCUGUCGAUAAUCAGAUGAGUCCUAUACUAUCAAAUGCAAUUGUGGAGGGUCGAGGUCACAGGAUAAUCGAGGGGGACUCUUACACGACUGAUUCCGAGGAGGUGGAGGCCGAGGAUUCUACGUCGUCUGCCUACACGAACGGUGAAUCCUCCACGACGCCAACCUUCGAGACAGACAGCAUGGGAAACGAGAUAUUUCCUCAUACGACCGGAGAGCCGGAAAUACCUACGACGUUGCAGAUGUCCAACACUUUUUCGACUCCUUUUUCCGAUGAGGCGAUCACCAGCUCCGAGUCUUCAACCUUGUCAAAAGAGUCAACCACCGUGCAGGAGACCACGAUGUACGAGAUCAAGACUCCAGUUAGCACCGUAUCAACACCGGAACAAACUACUUCAGCCGAAGGUUGGAGUCUUAGCGAUGAAAUGAGCACGUCCGGGGCACCAGAGAGUGAUGCCUUGGAGCAGGGACUUGACGAUGAGGCGAAAACGACGGAAGCGAUGGUUCUCAGCACUGCAACGGCAUCCAAUUCGUCGGGACCGACGGACGAGUUGAUCCUCGGAACGCGGGAGCGACACAGAGACGCCGAAACCAUCGAGGAGAAGCUGAUUACCUCGACGCAGGAAGAAUCGGUCACAACUUUUCCCACGACGAUCCUGAUGCGUGACGAUAUUUUCAUGAUGAACGUCACGCUGAAAACGAACGUUUCCGUCGGUCAGGCUGAGGGGGUGACCAUCACUCCUGUCCGAUCAAUAGCUCCUGAUGUUGAGGCCAUUUUGAAUAUAACUCAGAGGGAAAAGAUAGAGGACUACGAUUAUUACAACGAACCAACGCUGCCUCCGUCCCUUCCAAACGUCAGGAUAAUUCCCUUCGUGGCUGCUGACGCUCUGGUGAAAAACGAAAAGGACACGACCUCCGGUGUCACCGCUUAUCCGUUAGGAUCGGCUGGUGCAAUACGUGAACUCCAACGCACCACAGAGAGCUCCAAUUUUUACGAUAUUGUAACCAGAGAAAACAGGUUCAGUCCACCUGUCGAAACAGAAGGCGGAUUCGUCCCCAAAGAUCCACCCUAUUUCGAAGCAUCCUAUCACUCGACCGAUCUGAGCUUGGAAAUUGGCACCGGCGUAACCGUAGUUCCCGCAGACAUCACAAAUCCGAAUAGAAAAGAAGACGGCCUGUCAAUGUCCAGCUGCCACUUUGAGACGAGACAGUAUCGACACGGAGAAUUCAUUCCUGACAGCGGUUUGUGCGUGAUAUGCAUCUGCUACUACGGUGAGGUCGUAUGCUCUGACGAAAAAUGUCCACCAUUGAAAAUUGGAUGCAGGCGAGUCAAUAAUGACCUUGGAUGCUGUGGGGAAAUCAUUUGCAUUGACACACCCGAGUCUCCAACGCUGGUGUUGGACCGUGCAGAUGCGACGAUGCCGUCACAACGAGAGCCGAUUCAGUCGGGGGAUGGAAUGGCCACACCAGACCCUUUUCGAGACGUCAUUAAGACAGAACCAGCUCCUGACUUACCUUCCUUGAUCGAAGAUAUGAUACCGUACUUUGCCGAGCAUCGGAUCUCCACCCCGAGACCGACGACACCGAUGUCAAAUGGCGUAAAGUUAAGUUCUACCAUGGAGAAGGGUGGAAUCAACCAAAAUCUCUCGCUGAUGCAACCUCCGAUUUACAAUCGUGGUGACCAGAUCAACCGACGCAAGGAUGACGAGGUUCUAGUUUCGGACUCACCAAUCUCAGCAACCAAUGAAACAGACCAUAAUUCUUUUGUUCAGCAUUUGAAUCAGCCUCUUCAGGAAGUGAGCAAUGACGCCAAGCAUCAUGAGGAACAUAAUGAUAAAUUCGUAACUCAGAGCACUUCGGGUUUCAACUAUUCCAAACAUGGUGACAAGGAUUUCAGUUUGAAUAUCAACGGCUCUGUGCAAGAUCUAGGAUUCAACUCAAACCCAGUAGUCACGGAAUCCAUUCCACUCAAGUCUCAUCUGACCAAGGAUACUUUGACCGAGUUAUCUCAAGGAGACGCAGACGGUGAAGAGGACUCGAUGUAUUCCUUCGGCAGCGUUUUUGACUUGUUAUUUUCUGACUCAACAACGGAAAAGCCUGUGGCGCAGGUUCUUGUUCAACAAGCGAUGUUUUCUACCGGAAAAACCACUACGAGUCAGACAGUUACCAAGGCUUCUUCAACGCUGACUGUGCCAUCAACGACAUCUUCACCGUCACCAGUCCAGACCACCAAAUCUUCUGCUGUCAAACAUGCCACAAUAAUGGCAUUGAAUUCAUCAAACAGCGCCCAAGUCCAUGGUGAAGAGUUGUCUACAAUGGUUGGCAGUCUGCUUAAAUUAGCCGGCUGCAAUAUUUACGGACGAAUGUAUCGCGUUGGAAAGAUCAUUACGGAACUGUCGGGACCUUGCCUCCAGUGCAGAUGCACGGAGGUUGGAGUCCAGUGCAAGAAACUCUCGAGUCGAUAGUUAUCUCACAUCCAAGCAACCUGCCAAUUCUUUGAAAACUUUCAUUUCUCGAUCGCCAGCUGACUUGCCAUAGGAUGCUAUUUAUUUGGGACACCGUGUUUUUUUAUGAUGUAUGUGUAUGAUGCGUUUCAGUUUGGGUAAAGCUGUGUCGCGUUAUAAAUCUUCUAGCUAAUUAUCCUACGUUAACCUCAUUGUAGGUUUUCUUCAUAUAAAUCAUCUCAAUCAUAGACUGACUUGAGUUUUACUAAGACAGUCGUCAACCUUAGGUAUAGCAGUGUAAUCCCACAUCUUUUGAAGUGUUAUCUCCUCGUGGUCCAGCGACCAGUCUUAUAGCACGAGAUGACUUUGUUUAGCUAUUAUAGAUAUGCAGAAAUAAAACAAAACAAAAAAACAGUAGUAUUCAGUGCCAAGGAAGACAUUUGUAACAUGUGAUUUAAACUGUAGUAGCCAGCACUGAGUUAUUUUUCCUUCUUCUUGUUCUGUUCGUCUCGCUAGAAUUUUAACCACAAUUUAAAACAUCGGUGCUAUAUUCUCAAAGAUUCUGCAAUGUAAAGGCGCAAAUAUGGUUAUAUGUGAUAUAUGUAACGAAUGAUUGCCGUCCAAGGAAAUUCUAUACUUUAAUUAUAGAACUAGUUUUCAAUUGUUCUAGAUUCGUGUAACGGAUAG